AUGGCAUCACAUACUCAAGAACCUUCGAGCCCCUCCGCCUCCUCGAUAUUCCUCCCACUCGGCAGGCGGUCUCGGCGUGGCUCUCAUGCCUCCAUCACUAGUGAAGCCGAAAAGGAAAAUCUGACCGAGGCUCUAGAUCAGAUACACAGUGCUGCUUCACAGAUGGGAACCCUCACCGUAUUUAAUGAAUACACGAAUCCCCCGGUUCGGUCCGUGGCCGUUGAUAACAAGGGUCUGGUGGGUGACCUCCAAGGUGGACUAAGCGGUCUUUACAACAUUUUCAAAGCAUCUGUUGGGGGAGUUAGGGAAAUGGUUGGCGGCCCGAGUAAAGCUACAGACGCUGUAUCUCAGGAUGCUGGCAGUAACGAUCCUUCAAAAACUCCAGUUGCCGGAACCCGGCCUGUAGAUGCUUCAUGUACUCAUGUAGCUUCGGCCCAGGCUUCGGCUACAAGCUCUCCUGUCAUGGGGACGUUCCCACCGCUCUCAGAGGGCACUGGAAGUAGCCAGCCUAAAACCCCAAAGGUUUCCUCCAAAGCUGCGAGCAUAUCAUCCAAGGCGUCAAUACCCGCUGGAAACCCCUUAAAGUCCCCACUACUACCGCUAUCCAAAGUGCAUCUACCGGCCACAGCAGACCCCACUGUCACUGAGAUUAAUGUGAAUGCUGUUAAAGAUGGUCAUCAUCAUCAUAGAAGUAAUUCCGGGAGUCUAUCCUCUAGCCUGUUGAUGAACUCCGAUGCAAUGACGUCGGAGCGAAAGGAUCGACCAUCGCAUUUAUCUUCCAGUCAGAUAUCCCAAGAAUCCACUGCUGGUAUGAGAUCUCAAUCACCUGUACUAUUAGCCAAGGCAGGAAGUGGUACCUACAGAGAUUUCCCAGAAUCUGACUUCAGCCAAACAACUUUUCCUGAACCUACAUCUCAUGAGGGGUCGAUAUCUCCAAAGUUAUAUUCCAACAGCGCGUCGAGAAGUGGCUUAUCCGAAUUGGAUACUUCAAUGUAUACUACUCAACAGAAACUUAACCAGGCUGAAAACACGCACGACGACAAAUUUCGGCGCAAAGAUACCUAUGCAGAGGAUUCCAAUGUGUCACUGGCCAUGGAUUCAGGGCCAACCUCCAUUUCAAAUAGCAUGUCCAAAUUUGAUAGUUCAACGCAUGAUGGAAACACUAUCGCCACCCUAGACACAUCUGUUUCUAUGACUGAUCGUGGGAUUGCAUCAGCACACUCAUCAAAAGCUUCUAUAAGCGCCCCUAGAGAAAAAUUACCACCUCGCGUUAACCAACCGCAGCUGCCAAGGUUUGUGUUUCCUAGCAUUGCAUCCUCAGAAUCUUCCCAAACAGUCUCAACCACGGGCCACACUUCAAAAAAUAGCCACAAGGAGCCGGAGAAAGUAAGCCGAAAAAGCAAUUAUCCUUUCUAUCCGCGAUGGAGUCAAAGUGAGGCACAUACUGGGGUUAAGAAUAAACUGCUUAGCAAGGAGUUUUGGAUGAGAGAUGAGAACGCAAAAGAUUGUUUUUACUGUGGGGAACCGUUCUCAACAUUCCGAAGAAAGCACCACUGUAGGGUUUGUGGACAAAUUUUCGAUGCGAAAUGCACAGCUCUUAUCUCUGGGUCUUCUUUUGGAUAUUCUGGUUCUAUUCGAGUCUGCAAACCAUGUGACGCUGUUAUCAAUGCUCCAAGGGAUGAUUCUUCGGAUUUCUCUGGUGACGAAGUGCGCAAUCCGGUGGUCAUCAACACUAGAGGAUUGGAAUCUCCAGGGAAUAGCCUGGGUCUUAGCAACAUUGGUGAAGACGAUGCUGGCUCUACCAUAUCACAGUCUCUAGACCACGUAUUAAAAACCCCAACCAUGGCAAUACCUGCCACACGACGCACUGGGGAUGGAAAUCACAGGCGGUCGGCUAUCCUAGAAAUAGACUCGGAUCGUCAACUUGCGCGGCCAACCUCUUCAAGGUCUUUGAAGUCGGGACUAAGUAGGUCUCAUUCAGUACCACAUAAAAGACAUCAUUCAAGGACACAGUAUAUACGCAACUUUAAGCCCUACCAUGACGAAAGAGCGCCGUUCCAACGACGCUUUGGAGAUGAUACACUUGGUGACAAACUGCCUGCAUUCCAUCGAGAUAAUAUCAUCGAUCCUGACUUAGCCCAGUAUCUCUCUGAUGAUGCUUCAAGCGAAGAGGACCAACCAAGUUUAUUCUCGGUCGUCGGUGAAGGUUCGCUGUCUCGAAGCGGUGGGGAUGAGAAGGCUUCAUUUGGGGGGCUGCUUGCUGCUGUUAAAAAAGGCCGUUCUCGUUUUGGCGAUAAAAGUGGCUUAUAUCCUUCGCGUGAAGUGGAUGACGGGAGCGUUGCCAGCUCCCGGGCUAUCAACUUGCCACGUUCAGCUAGGAGGCGAAAUCUGAGCGUUGCAAGCAGCGUUCACCAAAGGAUCUCUCCCCGAAGUUCGAAGGAGAAUCCAUCCCUCCAUCAUAUACACGAUAUAAAUGCCCCCGCAUUCACCGCCCCAGCAAACCCUGCAACUACUGGUUUCAAAAUGACUAGGAGUGCCUCCAUGAGAGGUGCUGGGGCUCCGGCUAUUGAACUCAAUAAAGCCAGUUUGGACCAUGUGCGCAAACUCCUGCACCAGCAGUUACGGGAUUCAUCGGUACCAAACUGUCAAAGCUGGGAAACAGCACUCCUGCCGAUUCUAUUGAAGGCAACAGAUGAUGUCGAACCAGACGUGCAACAUGGUGAUGAUAUGGAUAUCCGACAUUAUGUCAAGCUAAAAAAGAUUCCAGGUGGGCGACCGAGUGAUACAGCGUAUGUUUCGGGCCUGGUGUUUACCAAGAAUCUAGCUCUGAAGAGUAUGCCGAGGAAUAUCUCACACCCUAGGAUUCUGAUUGUUACCUUUGCGUUGGAAUAUGCGCGUCAGCAGCAGCACUUCAUGAGUUUGGAACCUGUUAUUCGUCAAGAACGGGAGUUUCUUGAGAAUCUCGUUAACCGAAUAGCAGCCCACAGCCCUAAUUUACUUCUGGUCACAAAACAUGUGUCUGGCCUAGCCCUUCAAUUGCUAGAAAAGGCGAACAUUGCCACCGUCUGUAACGUCAAGGAAUCUGUGGUGGAAGCCGUCUCUCGUUGCACUCAGACUAGGAUUAUAACCUCUAUGGAUCGCCUAGCUGCGCCUCUGUCUUAUACUGGUUAUUGUGGGAGCUUUGACCUGAAAACUUAUGUUUAUGGCAGACGGAAAAAGACAUACAUGUACAUCUCCGGUUGUCCAAAGGAACUGGGAUGCACCAUAGUAUUACGUGGGGCUAACAUAGAUAUUCUCAUGGAAAUUAAGCGGAUCACGGAGUUCAUGGUGUAUGUCGUGUACAAUUUGAAACUCGAGACGUGCUUAAUGAGGGAUGAAUUUGCGAAAAUUCCGUCUUCUCCAUCUAAGCUUGAUAUAUCUGGCCAAAGGAGUCCCAAUCCUACAGGCACACAAACAGCUGAUGAUUCAACUUCUCACACUGUCAAAGGUGAAAUCACUGAUAUCCCUAUCACAACAGAUGGAGAUUCUGGCAAUGAGGUGUCUGCGUCUGAGAAGCGCAAACUUGCCAUAUCAACACAGGCACAACCCGACGAAAAUGAUGUUCCUGGCCCGGCUUUCUACGAAGACAUGGUAGAGAAGCAUCAAGUCAAGCUACUGUCAGCAUCUCCAUUUGUGAAGUUCCAUCAGCCAUACCUCCUUAUGCGCGCACGGGCGCUGGAACGUCAACUUGCCUAUCUCAAACGCCUUCGUGACCAAGACUUCUCUCAAGAGUCCUCACCGGAAGAGAAAACCAAGUCUGAGAAGUUCUUCCUGAUAACGCCAGAGAUGAUACAUGAAUCCUUAUCUGGUGCAUCCAGUAAAGUGAAAGAAGUAAUCCAUGCCGUCCAUGAUGCUGAAUACGACAGGGCGUUACAUCACUAUGAAACUCAAAAAAGACAGUGGGAAGCAUAUAUAUCGGGGAACAUUAACCUCUUUGACCCUCAUGCCCACCAAAAUAUAGUCGUCUUGUAUAGUUUAGUCUGUACAAAAACGUCUAUUCCAUGCUCUGGCCCCGAUACUUUUGCGCUUGGGUUUUACAAUCAAUAUGAUAGUGAAAAGAUAUUUGAGGCGGACUGCACUCUUGGACAAUACGUUGAAGAUUUAUGCCAUAGCGCAAACGCUGUUUGUGCCGCGAACGGCUGUGAGGAAAGAAUGUUCGAACACCAUCGUCAAUAUGUUCAUGGCGAGGCUCAAGUUAGUGUAUUCGUUCAGCCGUACCCGUCAAAACUACGAGGGCUUCAAGAUACUAUUCUUAUGUGGAGCUGCUGCAAGAAGUGCGGCAAUGAGACUCCAGCUAUGCCCAUGUCGGAUAGUACCUGGCGGUAUUCGUUCGGAAAAUAUCUAGAGCUUUCGUUCUCCAGUGCCGACUUACAUGCUCGAGCGGGGGUCUGCCCUCACGAUCUACAUCGAGACCAUCUGAGAUAUUUCGGGCUUAAAGAUAUGGCUCUUCGAAUUCACUACGACCCCAUCAACCUGUUGGAAAUCAUUGUCCCUCGCCCAAGGGUUACUUGGAAAGUCGAUAAAGAUCUAAGGGUCCGUAAUGAGGUUUACCUUGCGGCGGAGAGAAGGGUAAACAAGUUUAUGGCCUCAGUCAAAGCACGACUAAAAUCUAUAAAUGUUGACAGCGUCAUGCCUGAAAUAGCACAAGCUUGCCAACAGGAAGUUGAGGCACUCAAUAAACGUGCCAAUGAUGACCAUGUCGCACUCAUAAAGCAGCAUCAGGCCCGAUACAUGGACACCCGAUACUGGGAGGUUAUUCCUUUAAACACCGUUAUCAUCUCAACCCAAGAAAAGGUCGUUGAAUGGGAUGCAAUAUUUGCUGAAUUCGAACGAAACUACUUCCCAUCCGAGAAGGACAUCCGACGAUUGGCGACUUUACAACUUAAGAAAAUUUUUCUAGAUAGAGAUGUGUCCGUCACGUCCCUCACAUCAAGUGAAGACUCUGGAGCAGUUCCAGUGGAAACAGAAGAAGGAAUUGCAACGCCCUCAGGAUCGCCUCGUUUGACAAGAAGGAUGACACUUUCACCACAGGAGGCGAAAAAUAUGUUAGCCUCUGUGGUGGAAGAACACACGACAAAGCCAACAAAGCAAAUUGAAAGGGACGAACCAAAUCCACAAACUCCAACACCAGGAGCGGAUUCCCAAGAACCGGGGGAUAUAUCACCAAUGAAACCUAUAAUUGCUUCUGAAAACGAAUUCCGGCAUUUAGAUUUGGCUAUCCCAUCAAAUUUGGUAGAAAAGCUAUCUCCUUCAAAGGUUCAACCCGAUGAACUUGAGAUCAAUCAACUUGAUAAAUCAACCACCGAUGAUGCACCUUCAAACCUGCCGAUAAAUGAACUUGAGAUACCAAGCGAGCCUCGAUCAAGCGUUGAUAGUAAUUCAAAUAGCCAGGAUACCACAGAUGCUGUUAAACGCCCUUCAGGCUUACCUAGGCCCCGUGAUAAAGGGCUCAACAACUUCAGAGGGAAAUCUCCGCCCUUGAUGAGAGCGCUAUCACAACCCGCACAUUCACGGCAAUUGAAUUCUAACCCAAUAAUACCCCAGGAUAAACUCUUGAAACCCACAGGCGAAAAGGCAGCGGAAAUUGGUAAAGGAACGUUUACAUCCAAAAGACAACGCUUUUCAGAGCGGCUUAGGCUCGCAGGUUUGAAAUCACCAAAAUUACCUGGUGGCCCCUCUUUAAUACCUCGUUCGGUUGCAAAGAAAAGCACCCAUGUUUCGUAUCUUACUCGGCAUUUUGAGGAAUUAAGCCGAGAAUUCCAGAAGGAACGAAUCAUGCAAAACCAUCGUCGUGCUGCUCAGGGAAAACAAUCUCGAGCCUACCCAAUGGCAUCUUCCAAACCCAUUGUUGAAGUGUACAAGAAUGUCAGGGAUGCAGUGGAGGAACGGGAGCCGGGGUAUGAAGAGUUGCCUACAAGUGUGCCCACGGCGAUAGUACACAAGGAAGAGCCCGUGGCUCCUACUACAGAAGUUAUCGAAGUUGUUGAGGCGCCAGUCGCUCGGCCUGAGACCCCCGAUAAAAUGGUCGAGGAACGGCGAACUUCUGAUGAAAGCUUGCGAGAUGGCGACCAAACCGAGCAAAACCUUUCAGGAGGAGAGGGCGAAGACGAACAAAGUGAUGGUGAAAAGAACUUUUUGGACGAUGGCCAGAAUGUAGAACCAAAUGACGAGGCCACACCACUAUCACCGGAUGAAAUCGCCCUAGAUCUCAAAGAGCUUCCGAAGCAUGAGCGAACGUCUCUGGUAAAAAUGCUUACUAAUUUCUGGGCUGAACGUUCUGCAAGUGGUUGGGCUCCCUUGGAUUAUCCCCUCAGUGAUUCCGAUCAUGUCUUUGCGGAUUGCGAUAUCAUUGUCAGGGAAGAUGAGCCAAGCUCAUUGAUUGCUUUUGCUUUGAACUCUGAAGACUAUCAACAAAAGCUGAGAAGCAUCCAGGAACAGAAUGAAGCAAGUGAUUCGGUAGAUGUUGACGCGAGUCCUGAGGUUGAACAAUCAUUACUUCGAAGCACUGGCACACACCUCAAGUACCAAUUCCAAGAGGGCCAAGCAAAAAUGCUUUGCAAAGUAUUUUACGCUGAGCAAUUUGAUGCGCUUCGCAGAAAAUGUGGUGUCGCAGACCGCAUUGUCGAGUCACUUUCUCGAUGUAUGAAAUGGGAUUCCAAAGGGGGAAAGACGAAAUCAGUUUUCCUUAAGACACUGGAUGACCGGUUUAUCCUGAAGUCACUCUCAACCAUCGAGACUCAAGCCUUCUUGAAAUUCGCUCCAGAUUACUUCCAGAUAAUGUCUGAAGCGCUCUUUCAUGAACUUCCUUCCGUGAUCGCGAAAAUGUUUGGCUUUUACCAAGUCAUUAUCAAGAAUCCGGUGACAGGGGUGGAAUUCAACUGGUUUCUACUCAUUAUGGAAAACUUGUUCUAUGACCGUACUCCAACAAGGAUAUUUGAUCUCAAGGGCUCUAUGCGAAACCGGAAGGUUCAAAGCACUGGAGAAAGAAAUGAAGUUCUACUUGAUGAAAAUAUGGUCGAGUUCAUCUAUGAAAGCCCGCUUUUCACUCGAGAGCAUUCAAAAAAGCUACUUAGCCAGAGUGUCUGGAACGAUACGCUAUUCCUUGCACGCCAGAAUGUCAUGGACUACUCUCUCAUGAUUGCUAUAGAUGAGAGCAAGCAAGAAAUCGUGGUUGGCAUUAUCGAUUGCAUCCGAACAUAUACUUGGGACAAGAAAUUAGAGUCUUGGAUUAAGGACCGAGGGUUUGCGGGUGGUGGUAAGAACCGGCCAACGGUGACCAGUCCUAAGGAGUACAAAAGCCGCUUCCGGGAAGCAAUGGCAAGAUACGUUCUAUAUGCCCCUGACUCGUGGCAUCAGUUCCAUGUUGCCAAUAUAAACAAGCAGCCUCUCAAAACCCAUAACGAAAGCAAGGAUGCCGUUGCCUCGCAAAAUAGACUUCAAGAUGCGGCUGCCUCUCCACCGUAA